UACAGUGAAAACUCGGUCUGCUUGGUGUGGCAGUGUUCCGUGUCGGUACAGGGCUGUAUUUUAUUAACGGGUUCUUGUGUAAAAACGGAUCGUUUAUGAAAGAAACAAGGCAGGAGGUUGUGAGGGAGGUGAAAGGUCACCAUGGCUCGCGCUGAUCAGGUGACACGUGUGGUGCUGCGUCUGGACCUUUAACACGAAAUUGCACUAAACUUUGUAUUUACAAAAAAACAAACAAAAAAAAAACCAAGCAUGACAAACCAGGGGAAGCAGUACAGCACAGGAGACUCCCAUGAUGAAGCAUUGUCGUUUGGUUAUUAUGAUGAUGAAGAUGAUGAUGAAGAUGAUGAAGAUGAUGAGGAUGAUGAUUUGGAUACGUUUACAGACGAUGGAGUGUGCGGCUGUGAUGAAGGAGUGCUGGGCUUCCGAGAUCCGUUCUGCAGUGAGGUGAAGCCUCGAAUCCUGCUGAUGGGUUUACGCCGCAGCGGCAAGUCCUCCAUCCAGAAAGUGGUCUUCCACAAGAUGUCCCCUAACGAGACCCUGUUCCUGGAGAGCACUAAUAAGAUCUGCCGAGAGGACGUGUCCAACAGCUCGUUCGUCAGCUUCCAGAUCUGGGACUUUCCUGGUCAGAUCGAUUUCUUCGACCCUACCUUUGACUACGAGAUGAUCUUCCGCGGCACAGGAGCGCUCAUUUUCGUUAUCGACUCGCAGGAUGACUACGUGGAAGCACUGAGCAGACUCCACCUCACCGUGACCCGAGCCUACAAAGUAAACCCGGACAUCAAUUUUGAAGUGUUUAUCCAUAAGGUGGACGGUCUAUCGGACGAUCACAAGAUCGAGAAACAACGAGAUAUACACAAACGCGCCAACGACGACCUGGCAGAUGCCAGCUUAGAGAGGAUACAUUUAAGCUUCUACCUGACGAGCAUCUACGAUCACUCCAUCUUCGAGGCAUUCAGUAAAGUGGUGCAGAAGCUCAUUCCACAGCUUCCGACUCUGGAGAAUCUACUCAACAUUUUUAUAUCCAAUUCAGGGAUCGAAAAAGCGUUUCUGUUCGACGUGGUCAGUAAGAUCUACAUCGCCACAGACAGCAGUCCGGUGGACAUGCAGACGUACGAGCUGUGCUGCGACAUGAUUGACGUCGUCAUCGAUAUCUCCUGCAUCUAUGGUUUGAGUGAGGAUGUAGCCGGUUCACCAUACGAUAAAGAAUCCAUGGCCAUCAUCCACCUCAACAACACCACGGUGAUGUACCUGAAAGAGGUCACCAAAUUCCUGGCGCUCGUCUGUUUCCUCAGGGAAGAGAGUUUUGAGAGGAAAGGACUGAUCGACUACAACUUCCACUGCUUCAAGAAAGCCAUAGAGGAAGUUUUCGACCUGCGACUGAAAGUGCAGAGAAACCGGAAACUUCUGCGCCAGAGGAGGUGGAGCAGGCAGAACAUGCCUAACGGGACUCACACUCAGCAUCACUGAAGGACACACACACACACACACACACACACACGACUGUGAGUUCAGAUUACACCCAGCCAGAAUUGUCAUACAAACUAGAUUUCCAUCUUAAUUUUCAGGAUGUUAACAAUAUUUUAAUAAGUAAGAAAAAAUAUUAAUAGACAAGUACAUCAUUUUAUUAUCAUAGUAAUAUUUGUAAGGUGAUCAAAUUUAUAGCUGAUUGAAGGGAGAUGUGUGGCUGAAAUGUGACCCGGUAUGAAUGAGUGAGAAGAAAAGAAUGUAUUAAUAAUAAUAAUAAUAAUAAUAAUAAUAUUUUGGACAACUGUGACCGAAUAAGCCAUCUACAAACUGAUUUCAGUAGAAUUGCCAAACAACGUUACUUUAAUUUUAUUUUUAAUAGUAUAGAGAAGCACAGGUUGAUAGAUUGAGAUGAAUCACUGAAAGGAAACCGAUUUAACCGAUUUUUCGCCCAGUGUAGUCGACCGUAUAAGCCGUGUCGGGGAUGUAAAGCUAACAAAAGCUUAUAGCUACCGGUUUCCUUCUGUAUCUACAGUAUAUAUCACCCAGAUCACUGGCAUCAAUCGUUUAAGCUGUUGAGAGUCCGGAAGGUUUUUCCACCACGUUUAACUCGGUAGCUUCAGAAAACAAAACCUGCCUGCUAAAUAAGCCUGCUAGCAAAUACACUGCAGAGGAAUAAAAGACCCCUGUGAUGAUGAUGAUGAUGAUGAUGACCGUGUUAUCCUAAAAUAUAGAAGCCGCUUAAAACAAAUCUGACAUACAGUACCUAAAGCAACCCAGUUCCAGGCAAACGUGACGACGUAGCUAAUAGGAACUUGAGGCUAGUUCAUUAAGUGCUAGCUACUUUAGCCUCGUAGCGCCAGAGCUACAUCUGGUUGCUACAUCUGGGCGAAAGAAAAAGUUGCGUUUCAGUUUUGGUUGAAAUGUAGCUUGGAGAUUGAAAAGAUGUUUCUUUUAGCCUUGGAGAUAGAAAAUGCAUAAAUAUUUGUAAAAAAAAAAACAAAAAAAAAAAACUUCAAUCUUGGUAUAGAUUUUGGUAGAGAAAAGUUACAGCGGAGAGUCGCUUAUCAGGUCACUGUUGAGUUUUGUGGGAAGGUCAAUUAGAUUUGUUAUGGCUUUUUAUAAGAUAAUAAAAUCAAAAUUCAAAAGUAUGCUUUACAUAAUCAAUAACCGAGCCUUAACUUUUUAUCAUAUCAGAAUAGUUCGAGUUUAAAAACUAAUUUUAAGUGUUAAGACGAAUUAGUGUUAAACUGUUUAUACUCACUGUUUAUUAUGUGGCCAAGUUGCUGAAUAUUUAUUUAUUUAUACUAUUAAUAAAGAAUAUG